GAGACAGAUACAAGGAUACUCUGUUUUAGGAUUGCGCACAUAUUAUAAUGAAAACGGUCAUAUAGAAUUAUGGGAAUUGUUAGAGCUGCAUGUGGGUCCUUUUUCAGCAGCUUUGCAAAAACCAUGACACACUUCAAUUUUAUAGACAUCGGCAUCAAUCUGACAGAUCCCAUGUUCAGGGGUCUCUACAGAGGCAAGCAGAAACACCACGAUGACUUUGAUCAGGUUAUCGACAGAGCUGUGAAAGUUGGGAUCCAAAAGUUCAUGAUCACAGGGGGAAGUCUAGAGGACAGCAAGGAGGCCCUGACACUAGCAGAGUCCAGAGAGGGGUUCUACAGCACAGUGGGGUGCCAUCCAACACGCUGUGGGGAGUUUGACCAGAACGGACCUGACCAGUACCUGUCUGGUCUGAGGGAGCUGGCCACAACACACAGAGGGAAGGUGGUGGCCAUUGGGGAAUGUGGACUAGAUUUCGACCGACUGGAAUUCUGUCCGAAGGAAACUCAGAUGAAGUAUUUUGAGAAGCAGUUUGACCUGGCUGAAGAGACCAAACUGCCCAUGUUCCUCCACUGUAGGAACUCCCACCAGCAGUUCCUAGACAUCAUGAAGAGGAACAGGGACCGAUGUGUAGGAGGCGUGGUCCACUCCUUCGAUGGCAGUGCAGAAGAUGCAGCUGCUCUUGUAGAUCUGGAUCUGUACAUCGGGAUCAAUGGCUGUUCCCUGAAAACGGAGGCGAAUAUCGAGGCCAUGAAGUCCAUCCCCACUGAGAGACUGAUGAUAGAGACUGAUGCGCCGUGGUGCGGGGUGAAGAACACUCACGCAGGCUCCAAACACAUCAGGACUACGUUUCCCACCAAGAAGAAAUGGGAGGAGGGACACUGUCUGAAGGACAGGAACGAGCCCUGCCACAUCAUACAAGUGCUAGAAGUCAUGGCAGCGUCCAGAAACGAGGACCCGGCAGAGAUGGCCGACACCAUCUACAACAACACGGUGAAAGUGUUCUUCACAGGGAGCUGACGGACGAUGUCCUUGCUCAGGACUGUUCCUCAGAACUUCUCUGAGGAGGGGUGUCUGGUUUCACCUCAGGCAGGGAAGGCCAUCAACACCUGCUGCUGUCAGUCACUGAAGACAGUCUUCAGACAUCUUCAAAAAUGCCUAGUCAUGGUUGAGGCUAACUUUGCAUGAAGAUGAUGUUCUCUGCCCUUCUGGAAUGUUGUGGAUUUAACUGAGAUGUGUGGCUUGUGCUCUUCCUUAUAUUAGAGUUUGAACACAAGUUUAGUUUUAAUAAUAUUUUUUGAAAAUAAAUGCCCAAUGUAGGUCUAUACCUUUAGUAACCCUAAAUCUGUUUUUCUAAAUUACUACUGUAACUGAAUAAUGUAUCCAUGAUAAUGGUGGUGGUUUUAGGAGAUUGGCGACCUGACCAUGUCUUCAUAAUAUAAUAUCAUUAGUAUGUGAAAUAAAGAAAAAUGAAAUAAAGAUGAAAAACACGA